AUGCAUAAUUAUUGGGACAUUCGCUUCUUUGGAUUUGGGUUCAGUCCUUUAGUUAAUGAUUACAAGAUAGUGACAAUUGGGAUGAUUGAGCAAGAUGCUAAAGUAAAUUCAUUAAGCAAAAGGUCAUGGGAGGAACUAGAUUAUGUUAUAGCAAGAGUUGGUCAUAUGAUUCAACCAAUUGUAAUUGUUAAUGGGACUGUGUUCUGGUUAGGGUGGGGGAACAUUGGACAUGGUUACAUUGUAAUUUCGUUUGACAUUGCAAUGGAAGAGUUUUCAUUGAUAUCAAUACCAUUGCCAUCAUCUAUAAGUUGUUUAGAGCUAAAGCUUAUAGUGUAUGAGAACAAACUUGCCUUGUUUCGUACUCCCAAUAUGAGGUCAAACAUAGGUUCUCCUUUCAUUGAUUUAUGGGUGAUGGAUCAAGAAAGUAGCAGUCCGUCUGGGAAUAGUUGGUGGGGUACUUGGACUAAGAAAUAA